GUGUCACUGAGGAGUCUAUAUAAAGCUUUCUCUGUGAUUUUUUCCUGCAUUUAUAAAUUGCGUUUCAGUUGGGAUAAAAGAUCAUUAUAAGUGUUAAUUUCAUUUUAAAUACAUUAAUUAUUAUUGUGCAAUAAAUUUAUCGUAUCAUUGACAGAAAACAAUUUGGAUUUAAUCGUAAAUAGGUAUAUUCUUUGAUUCAACUGCAGUGAUCGUUUAUCAAGAACAAAAUGCAGAUCUUUGUGAAGACAUUGACUGGAAAGACUAUCACAUUGGAGGUUGAACCUGCAGACACAAUAGAAAAUGUGAAGGCCAAAAUCCAGGACAAGGAAGGGAUUCCCCCAGACCAACAGAGGCUCAUCUUUGCAGGAAAACAGCUGGAAGAUGGUAGGACACUCUCCGAUUACAAUAUCCAGAAGGAAUCCACAUUGCAUUUGGUUUUGCGCCUCCGUGGUGGCAUGCAGAUCUUUGUCAAGACAUUGACUGGGAAGACAAUCACAUUGGAGGUUGAACCUGCAGACACAAUAGAAAAUGUGAAGGCCAAAAUCCAGGACAAGGAAGGGAUUCCCCCAGACCAACAGAGGCUCAUCUUUGCAGGAAAACAGCUGGAAGAUGGUAGGACACUCUCCGAUUACAAUAUCCAGAAGGAAUCCACAUUGCAUUUGGUAUUGCGCCUCCGUGGUGGCAUGCAAAUCUUUGUCAAGACAUUGACUGGAAAGACAAUCACAUUGGAGGUUGAACCUGCAGACACAAUAGAAAACGUGAAGGCCAAAAUCCAGGACAAGGAAGGUAUUCCGCCAGACCAACAGAGGCUCAUUUUUGCGGGAAAACAGCUGGAAGAUGGUAGGACACUCUCCGAUUACAAUAUCCAGAAGGAAUCCACAUUGCAUUUGGUAUUGCGCCUCCGUGGUGGCAUGCAGAUCUUUGUCAAGACAUUGACUGGAAAGACAAUCACAUUGGAGGUUGAACCUGCAGACACAAUAGAAAACGUGAAGGCCAAAAUCCAAGACAAGGAAGGUAUUCCGCCAGACCAACAGAGGCUCAUUUUUGCAGGAAAACAGCUGGAAGAUGGUAGGACACUCUCCGAUUACAAUAUCCAGAAGGAAUCCACAUUGCAUUUGGUUUUGCGCCUCCGUGGUGGCAUGCAGAUCUUUGUCAAGACAUUGACUGGAAAGACAAUCACAUUGGAGGUUGAACCUGCAGACACAAUAGAAAACGUGAAGGCCAAAAUCCAGGACAAGGAAGGUAUUCCGCCAGACCAACAGAGGCUCAUCUUUGCGGGAAAACAGUUGGAAGAUGGAAGAACUCUUUCUGAUUACAAUAUCCAGAAGGAAUCCACAUUGCAUUUGGUCUUGCGCCUCCGUGGUGGCAUGCAGAUCUUUGUCAAGACAUUGACUGGGAAGACAAUCACACUGGAGGUUGAACCUGCAGACACAAUAGAAAACGUGAAGGCCAAAAUCCAGGACAAGGAAGGUAUUCCGCCAGACCAACAGAGGCUCAUUUUUGCGGGAAAACAGCUGGAAGAUGGUAGGACACUCUCCGAUUACAAUAUCCAGAAGGAAUCCACAUUGCAUUUGGUAUUGCGCCUCCGUGGUGGCAUGCAGAUUUUUGUCAAGACAUUGACUGGAAAGACUAUCACAUUGGAGGUUGAACCUGCAGACACAAUAGAAAACGUGAAGGCCAAAAUCCAGGACAAGGAAGGUAUUCCGCCAGACCAACAGAGGCUCAUUUUUGCGGGAAAACAGCUGGAAGAUGGUAGGACACUCUCCGAUUACAAUAUCCAAAAGGAAUCCACACUGCAUUUGGUAUUGCGCCUCCGUGGUGGCAUGCAGAUCUUUGUUAAGACAUUGACUGGAAAGACAAUCACAUUGGAGGUUGAACCUGCAGACACAAUAGAAAAUGUGAAAGCCAAAAUCCAGGACAAGGAAGGUAUUCCGCCAGAUCAACAGAGGCUCAUUUUUGCGGGAAAACAGCUGGAAGAUGGUAGGACACUCUCCGAUUACAAUAUCCAGAAGGAAUCCACAUUGCAUUUGGUAUUGCGCCUCCGUGGUGGCAUGCAGAUCUUUGUCAAGACAUUGACUGGAAAGACAAUCACAUUGGAGGUUGAACCUGCAGACACAAUAGAAAAUGUGAAGGCCAAAAUCCAGGACAAGGAAGGUAUUCCGCCAGACCAACAGAGGCUCAUCUUUGCCGGAAAACAGUUGGAAGAUGGAAGAACUCUUUCUGAUUACAAUAUCCAGAAGGAAUCCACAUUGCAUUUGGUAUUGCGCCUCCGUGGUGGCAUGCAGAUCUUUGUCAAGACAUUAACUGGAAAGACAAUCACAUUGGAGGUUGAACCUGCAGACACAAUAGAAAAUGUGAAGGCCAAAAUCCAGGACAAGGAAGGUAUUCCGCCAGACCAACAGAGGCUCAUCUUUGCCGGAAAACAGUUGGAAGAUGGAAGAACUCUUUCUGAUUACAAUAUCCAGAAGGAAUCCACAUUGCAUUUGGUCUUGCGCCUCCGUGGUGGCAUGCAGAUCUUUGUCAAGACAUUGACUGGAAAGACAAUCACAUUGGAGGUUGAACCUGCAGACACAAUAGAAAAUGUGAAGGCCAAAAUCCAGGACAAGGAAGGUAUUCCGCCAGACCAACAGAGGCUCAUUUUUGCGGGAAAACAGCUGGAAGAUGGUAGGACACUCUCCGAUUACAAUAUCCAGAAGGAAUCCACAUUGCAUUUGGUAUUGCGCCUCCGUGGUGGCAUGCAGAUCUUUGUGAAGACAUUGACUGGAAAGACAAUCACAUUGGAAGUUGAACCUGCAGACACAAUAGAAAACGUGAAGGCCAAAAUCCAGGACAAGGAAGGUAUUCCGCCAGACCAACAGAGGCUCAUCUUUGCGGGAAAACAGUUGGAAGAUGGAAGAACUCUUUCUGAUUACAAUAUCCAGAAGGAAUCCACAUUGCAUUUGGUCUUGCGCCUCCGUGGUGGCAUGCAGAUCUUUGUCAAGACAUUGACUGGGAAGACAAUCACAUUGGAGGUUGAACCUGCAGACACAAUAGAAAAUGUGAAGGCCAAAAUCCAGGACAAGGAAGGUAUUCCGCCAGACCAACAGAGGCUCAUCUUUGCCGGAAAACAGUUGGAAGAUGGAAGAACUCUUUCUGAUUACAAUAUCCAGAAGGAAUCCACAUUGCAUUUGGUCUUGCGCCUCCGUGGUGGCAUGCAGAUCUUUGUCAAGACAUUGACUGGAAAGACAAUCACAUUGGAGGUUGAACCUGCAGACACAAUAGAAAACGUGAAGGCCAAAAUCCAAGACAAGGAAGGUAUUCCGCCAGACCAACAGAGGCUCAUUUUUGCAGGAAAACAGCUGGAAGAUGGUAGGACACUCUCCGAUUACAAUAUCCAGAAGGAAUCCACAUUGCAUUUGGUUUUGCGCCUCCGUGGUGGCAUGCAGAUCUUUGUCAAGACAUUGACUGGAAAGACAAUCACAUUGGAAGUUGAACCUGCAGACACAAUAGAAAACGUGAAGGCCAAAAUCCAGGACAAGGAAGGGAUUCCACCAGACCAGCAGAGGCUCAUUUUUGCGGGAAAACAGCUGGAAGAUGGUAGAACCCUCUCCGAUUACAAUAUUCAGAAGGAAUCUACAUUGCAUUUAGUCUUGCGUCUGCGCGGCGGCAUAUAAAUUUGUAUUAAAGAGAAUUGAAUAAAUAAUAUUAUGCAUUGUG